CUGACGCUUUUCAGGAGCUGGUGGCUAGGGCGGAGAGCCUUGAGAGGGCGGCGAAGGAAGCGCGAGGGGUGGCAGAGAGGGCAGAGAGGGACAAGGCAGUGCAGGAGGCGAGAAUCAGAGCGAGCUAUGAGAUACUCAUGUGUGUUCUCCUCCACUCAUGUGUGUUCUCCUCCACUCAUGUGUGUUCUCCUCCACUCAUGUGUGUUCUCCUCCACUCAUGUGUGUUCUCCUCCACUCAUGUGUGUUCUCCUCCACUCAUGUGUGUUCUCCUCCACUCAUGUGUGUUCUCCUCCACUCAUGUGUGUUCUCCUCCACUCAUGUGUGUUCUCCUCCACUCAUGUGUGUUCUCCUCCACUCAUGUGUGUUCUCCUCCACUCAUGUGUGUUCUCCUCCACUCAUGUGUGUUCUCCUCCACUCAUGUGUGUUCUCCUCCACUCAUGUGUGUUCUCCUCCACUCAUGUGUGUUCUCCUCCACUCAUGUGUGUUCUCCUCCACUCAUGUGUGUUCUCCUCCACUCAUGUGUGUUCUCCUCCACUCAUGUGUGUUCUCCUCCACUCAUGUGUGUUCUCCUCCACUCAUGUGUGUUCUCCUCCACUCAUGUGUGUUCUCCUCCACUCAUGUGUGUUCUCCUCCACUCAUGUGUGUUCUCCUCCACUCAUGUGUGUUCUCCUCCACUCAUGUGUGUUCUCCUCCACUCAUGUGUGUUCUCCUCCACUCAUGUGUGUUCUCCUCCACUCAUGUGUGUUCUCCUCCACUCAUGUGUGUUCUCCUCCACUCAUGUGUGUUCUCCUCCACUCAUGUGUGUUCUCCUCCACUCAUGUGUGUUCUCCUCCACUCAUGUGUGUUCUCCUCCACUCAUGUGUGUUCUCCUCCACUCAUGUGUGUUCUCCUCCACUCGUUUUUCCCUCCUCUUUCCUUCCGUCCCCUCUGCACUACUAGGGGAGAAGGAGGCACUGGCCCAGGCAGAGAGGCAGCUGGAAGCACAGCAGGCAGAGCUAACACUGCUUGUAGCUCCUCUUCGUUCCUCUUACCCAUUCACCCCUGCGCCUCUUGCUACUCUUGUUCAGGCACUACUAGGGGACGACAAGGAGAAGGAGGCACUGGCCCAGGCAGAGAGGCAGCUGGAAGCGCAGCAGGCAGAGCUGCAGGCGCUGGAGGCAAAGCAGGCUGCGCUGGCGGACGACCUCAAGGCCAGGUUCUGGAGCACCGUGAGGAGCGAGCUGUACGAGGGUGGCUCGUAG